AGUAUUGCACAUUCGAACUUUUGCGGGGAGUAUCCGUUGCGUAAACGCCGUAAACGUCAAGUUGAAUGUUUAAAGUACAAUUUUAAAAUAAACUCGAAAUUAGUUGCGUGUCUGUUGUGAUUACCCGAAGAACCUUUUUAUUUAUUUUAGUUGUGACCGUAGAAUGAUAUUUGAGAUGCAGCCAUUUACGACUUUCAUGAACGUAGAAAGCACCCGCUCCUACAUCGACAACCUGUACUCGUCAGAUCCUGAGAAAUGCCUAAACUCGAUAAUUUGCAUCAAAAACUCCGUUAUUGGCUCGAACCGACAAAAAGAGAGCGUGAUUGCUCAGGGUAUAGUGCCGCGCCUUUUGCAGCUCCUCGAAGAUAAAAACACGAAAUUGGCUGUAAGGAUCGAGGCUGCAGUGACGAUCGGGUCGCUGGCCAAGGGAACGACCGAGCAUAGCGAGAUUCUCAUCAAUUCUGGCACUGUUGAGCUGCUUUUGGACAUCCUGGAGGAGGACGAGCCCCGCUUAGUAGACGCGUGUUUGUGUUGCUUGCGUACUUUGUCUCUGCUGGACUCGGCCACGGCUCAAAAUAAGUUCGAUGUGAAGCGGUUGCAGAAGUUGUUGACUUUCGCUGGGCCGGGGGAGAGUCUCCAGAGACAGUCUUGUGUGGCGAGUAUUCUAGGGUCAGCGUGUAAGACGCCAGUGGAACAAAACGAGUUGUGUAAUGUGGGGGCGCCGAACUUGCUCGCGGCGCUCCUGUCAGUGCAAAAUAGUUCGGUGAGGAUACCCGUCUUGACGUGUUUGGCGGCAAUGUGUUGGAACAACCAAAAUGUAGCAAAUGCUAUUGUCAAUACGACUUACAAAGAUAUUAAAGUUCCCAACCAUUUGGCGACUUUGAUCAGUAGGGAUAAACCCAUAGAGAUGCAGUUGGAGGCCGCCAAAUGUCUCACGAAUUUACACAGAGCUGGGGCUAUCCCAGCCUACGAUCCUAUAAUAACUUACAGAACUCUGCCGUGUCUAGUCCGACUAUGUCAGAUUGAACACUCGGAACCACACAGGGCAGCAGCAGCAAACACUUUAGCUUAUUUAACAGAAGUCGAUAGUGAUUUACAGCAAGUCGCUGCAAUUAGUAAUCAAUUAGUCAGUGCUUUAGUACAUUUGUUGAGUUGUCGUAGUGUUGUGGCGAGAGAAGCGGCCUUCAGAGCGUUUGCUUCUUUGGCAGCGAAUGACGAAGACAUAAGAAAAAGGAUUAUCGACACAAAGUGUCUAAUGGAUAGUGUGUUGGAAGGUUUAGAUGAUGAAAAUGAAAAUAUUAGGUUAGCAGCUGUACGUUGUCUUCAUUCGUUGAGUAGGUCAGUGCAACAGUUGCGUACCACCUUCCAAGAUUACUCCGUGUGGCGCCCCCUGAUGGCGCUUUUAACAGGUUGCCCUUCGACGGAGUUGCUCACAGCCGCCUCGUCCGCCCUUUGCAACUUCCUCCUGGAAUUCUCCCCCGCCAAAGAGCCCAUGAUCCAGCAAGGCGUCGUGCAGUUGUUGGCAACCCUGACCGUCCGUCCCGAGCCAUCCCUUCGUCUGAACGGCGUCUGGGCUCUAAUGAAUCUCGCGUUUCGGGCAGAGCAACGAGUCAAAUCCCAAAUCUUAACCGCCCUCGGCACCGACCAGAUCUUCCGGUUGCUGGGCGACUCGGACACGCGCGUCCUCAUGAAGACCUUGGGGCUGUUGCGCAACCUGGUGUCCCCGCGGACGCACACCGACACCAUGAUGUCGCUGCACGGCCCCCAGGUCAUGCAGGGCGUGGUGCUGGUGCUGGAGGGGCCGUAUUCCCCCGAAGUGAAGGAGCAGGCGCUGUGCAUCCUGGGCAACAUCGCCGACGGCGAGAAGGCCAGGGAGCACAUAAUGUCGAACGAGGACGUACUUAAGAAAUUAAUCGGCUAUAUGACGCACCCAGCGCCCUGUUUGCAGCAAGCGUCCGUUUUCUGCAUCGAUAAUUUGUCGAGGUUGGGAGAGCCGGGCUCUGUGGAGAGGCAGAAUAAGUUAAAGGAGAUGGGAGUUGUUAAUAUCCUCCAGCAGUUGUUGAGUACUUCUAAUACGAUGCUGUACAAUCGAGUUAAAACGGCGCUCACGCAGUAUAAUGAUGUAUGAAGUUUAUUUACUGUUUUAAGGAUACAUGAUCCCCCUAUCUGAUAUUAAUGUGAUGUGUAGACUGACAAGUGUAUAUUUUGUUUUUUAUUAUUAUUUUAUUUGUAAUUAUUGUAGGAUGCUGAUUAUAUGAUCCAAGAUCUAAUUAUUAUGUUUUACAUCCUGGUUAAAAGCACAUGACACUUUUUAUUCGAGGUCAGUUAGGUACAAUUGGAGAAGAGGAUGAAAAUGACAAAUAAAAUAUUGACUCUGUUAGCAUCGGUUUAUGAAUUUGUAGAUAAUUGUAUAAACUUUACGCUUUUAGUCAACACUUUGGCUUUUGUUAUCGAUUUUAAUUUACAGCAUCAUUAACAAUAAAAGAUUAUUUAUUUC